AUGACAGAUACAGAUCGUUCUCAACCAUUGAAUGUACCACGUGGUGCACGAUCCUCACGCUAUCGUACACAUAGUUCAGGUAGUUUAUCAUCCUCAUUUGGUUCACCGUCGGGUUUAACGAAUAUAAAUAAUAAUAAUGGUGGCAUACAAUCAGUACAUAAUAAAAAAACAGCAACUGGUUCAAGUGGAAAUAAUAAUAUUGGAUCAAUAUCAUCAUCAAUGGGUACUGGUAAUAGCGGUGGUACAUUACCACAAUUUGAUGAAAAACAUGCAGCAGCUGGAAAUAUCUUUGAACAUCGUCAAGAUUGGUCGAUACUUAAUCGUCUUCCAUUACAUAAACGGAAUGCCAUACAUAUUCGUCUUGAAGAUGAAGGUCCUUAUGGAAAUGAUGAAACACGUUGUUUUGUUUUAUCUCAAUUAUCUAUGGUUGGUUGUACAGAUGUAGCAUGUACUGUUUGUGGUCAAUCAAUGGUUGUUUAUGAUCGAUAUCCUCUUGUCGAUGGUACACUUUUCUUAAGUCCUAUUAAACAUAGUGAUAAUGGAAAAGUCUCUGUUGCUGUUUAUCAUAGCGAUCGACAGCUGUAUCUACAUGGCAUAUGUCUUGAAUGUCUAUCUAUGCGUUCAUUACAUGUUCUUUGUCGUCUAUGUAAGACUAAAUUCAACUUUGAUCCAAUUAUAUUCGGUACACUAUAUUAUUAUGGUAUGUGUUAA